CCUCAACAGACCAGACGUGCGAAACCCAUGUUCCAGAUCACCAUGGCGGCAGCCUGCGGCUAGAGACGAAGAACUCUCGUACACCCUAAACUUCCAGAAGACUGGAUCCUGGGUGCAGGCGUACACGCAAAGGUGCAGCAAUGGGAUCUACAAAUAUGUGGCAGAUGCACAUGAACGAGGAAGGAUUUAAUACACCCAUAGAGAAAGCAAGUGUUCCUCUCUGUUGCUCGUCCUUUAUACCUGAAUGUGAAGAUGAUUUGAAGCCUAAAGUGGGGAUGACAUUUGAAGGAUUGAAGGCCGUGGAGGAGUUCUACAAAUCUUAUGGACAUCAAUCUGGUUUUGGAGUUCGUAUGGGGCAACAAAAGAAGUUAGAAAAUGAGGUAGUUCGCACUAAACGAUACAUGUGUAAUAGACAAGGAUUCAAGUCUGAAAAUGGUAACAAGAUUGACGAUCCAUCAAAGAAGAGGCGUAAGAACACAGACACAAGGUGCGGUUGUGAUGCACACAUCUUUGUGAAGUUAUGUGCUAAUGAUACCUACAAGAUAGAAUCAUGGGUUGAGCACCACAGCCAUGGUCUUGUGUCACCGGAUAAGCGUCAUUUGAUCAGAUCAAAUCGCCGAGUUAGCGAGAGGGCAAAGAACACAUUGUACACAUGCAGCAAAGCAAGCAUAGGCACCUGCCAGGCAUACAGGCUCCUACACGUCAGCGAGGGUGGAUUUGCGAAUGCUGGAUGCAUGAAAAGGGACUUGCAAAACUACUACCGUGACCUUAGAUUAAAAAUUAGGAAUGUAGAUGCUCAAAUGUUUGUGGCCCAGCUAGGUAGAAAGCAGGAAGUUAAUUCAGCAUUUUUCUAUGAUUUUGUUGUCAGUGCUGAAGGAAAGUUGGUGUAUGUGUUCUGGGCAGAUGCCACAAGCAUGAAGAACUACAAACAUUUCAGUAGUGUGGUGUCCUUUGAUUCUACAUAUACUACUAAUCAGUAUGACAUGAUCUUUGCACCAUUUAUAGGAGUUAAUCAUCAUUUACAAAGUGUGUUCUUUGGUGCUGCGUUCUUACUAAAUGAGAAGACCGAGUCAUAUGUCUGGUUCUUUGAGACCUUCCUGAAGGCAAUGGGAGGUGUAGCGCCGACACUCAUCAUAACCGAUGAAGCUACUAGCAUUAAGAAUGGAAUUGAUGAAGUUUUUCCAACCUCAGUACACAGGCUGUGCAUGUGGCAUAUAAUGGAAAAACUUCCUGAGAAGCUUGGACCUGUGAUUAGAGAAGAAUCUGAAUUUUGGAAGAGGAUGAAUGCAUGUGUAUGGGGUUCAGAAACCGUGACCGAGUUUGGGCAUUCUUCGAACUACUUCAAGGUCUGA